UUGUGUACCAGAAUACAUUUCAUUCCAUUCUACUCAUCACCAUUUAGCAAAGAUAACUUCUUGUUAUCAUUGGGAUCAAAUACAAAAAUAAGUUAGAGAUGAAGCAAAAUCCCAUUAACAACUGGGCAGUUUUACUGAAUCAGAGCUCAACAAAAUGGGCACUUCCUGAUUCUGCACCCACCAAAUGCCAUCUGAAUCCCCCUUCAAAAGUAAGAAAUGGUGCAGUGAGAUUAAGACCCAAGAUAACAGACACUGUGAAGGGAAAGCUGAUCCUUGGGGCAAAACUUCUCCAAGCAGGUGGCGUUCAAAAGGUGUUCAAGAAAAAUUUCAGUGUUAAAGAAGGGGAAAAGCUGUUGAAGGCAUCUCAAUGUUAUUUAUCAACAACAUCUGGUCCAAUGCCUGGCCUACUCUUUGUUUCUACUCAUAAACUUGCCUUCCUUAGUGAUAGAUCAAUCAAAAUCCUUUCUUCAUCUGAAAAGUCCAUGAGAAUGCAUUAUAAGGUAUCGAUCCCAAUUGCAAACAUUAAGAGAGCAAAUGAAAGUGAGAAUUUGAAGAAUCCAUCAGAGAAGUACAUACAAGUAGUCACAGAAGAUCAUUUUGAGUUCUGGUUUAUGUGGUUCCUACACCAUCAAAGAACCUUGAAAUAUCUCCAGAAUGUAAUUUUUCAAGCUCAGUAUCUUUGGAAGUAUAUAUUCUUUAGAAUCAAGCAUAAAAAUAUAAUUGUAAAAUGUGAGCUACUGUAUAUAAGAUUUACUGAUUUUUUAAGAAGUUGA